GCGCUGCGCCUAUUGACCUGCACGACGUACCUAUUGACGAGACCUUGAACGACCCCGCGCACGACCGAGAAAUGCCCGCGACGACGCCCUGCUCAUGACCAUGCGCCUCCGACGUAUAGGCGGUAGCUCGGGUUUACGUAGCGUUAGCUACCUUCCAGAGUCUCCGUAUAUAAAGCCCUGUUAGACCGUAGGAUCCUCACUUGCUUGUUCGUCCGCCCAACUUCAACAUGGUUUCUACAUCCCUCACUUCCGUCGCGUUGCUCUCCUUCGCUGCCCUCGCGACCGCCCAGACCGCCACAUCCACCGCCGCAGGCAGCAGCGCCACCCUCGAACCCGGCUACUCCUUCAUCCGCGCCGUCGAGGACCCCAACUUCCACAAAUACCUCCAGUCCGAGGUCCUCGAGACCGCCUCCGACGCCGUCCUCGGCGAGCCCGAGAACGCCGCCCAGUUCCAGAUCACCGAUGGCCAGUUGGUGCAGAACGCCGGCGGGACCCCGUUGUAUGCGAUCGUCGAGCCGCCGGCGGACGAGAGCACGAAGAAGCUGAAGGUGACGUGGGCGGAGGAGCCGGAUACGUUGGGGAGCUUUGUCUUUACGGGCGAUACGGUGGAGUGGAGCAGCCCGGAUGUGACGAGGCCGCAGAAUAAUGCAUGGCUGGUCUGCGAGGACGAGGAUGGAAACAAGGACGUGUACAUAAACCUUGGGCCGUACUCAUACGAGACGCCAGAGGGCUGCGCAGACGAGACCAUUCACGCGUACACCGGGUCCACGGCGACGCCUUGAGACGCUCGAGCUCCCUGGUUAUUUUGUCGCGUUUGCGUUGUAUCGCCGUUGUUUAUGACACCGCGGGUGCUAUACGUUGCUAAGCGCCCUAGUGCGCCAUGUGCUAAAUGUCUUCCUGCGUCAGCUUCACGAAAUGACACCUCCAAUAUUCAUCGGCCACCCCAGCUGCUCGUACGUCCAUCCCAUCACCUUGCCAUCCUCCGAAUGGUACUUGAGGAGCGACCUGUGCAUCCCAGGAACGUUAUGAAUCGCGUCGAUUGCCUGCAUGUCCUCGUCCGAUAGGUUGACGAGCUGCAAGUUCUUUGCCAUCCGC